GUUUCAGUAUUCAUUUGUCUCCCGGUGCAAUAUUGUAAUAUUUUGUGUUAUCGAAACCAUAUGUUUAGACGAUUGUAGAAACUUGCAUCCCAAAUAAAAUUAAUUGUUCCCUGUUCGUUCAUCAUACGUAAAAAGUGAGGUGGCAUUGUCCAAUUAAUUUGUAGUAUCUUACCUCCUAAACUAAAAAUACAAGUGCAGAAAUAUGAGUAAGCAAAAGCCGAUACGACAUCAGACGGUGGGCGCAUUGCAAAUUGAUCUUGUACUGGAAAACAUUUUUAAGUAUUUGAAAAUCAAGGAUGUCGCCGUUUGUCGAAUGAUUAAUCGCCACUGGGGCUCCGUCGCGACGCCCCUCUUUAAAGGAAUGAUUUCCAAAGUUGCAGUCUAUUUUUCGUUAUCCCGGGGGCAAUCCGACAUCGAUAAGUAUUGCGACUAUGUCUCGACCAUUGGGCCCGACUGUGUGAAAUACUCUAAUUUUACAUUUUACGAACCAAAAAAUGCGAGCCUAUUUUUGGCCAAGUGUGGCCAGCACGUCGCAACUUUAACUUUUCAGUGGGUUCUUUCCGACUCUCUGGAAUUAUUGAUGGAAAUCUUGACAAGUGAUGAAGCGCCAAAUUUGAAAACGAUUGAAAUUGCUGACUUAUCCCUGGACCAGAGAUCCGAAACUUUUCUCAACAACUACGCCGUCACCAAGGUGGCCACGCAAAUUAAAACGAUCUCCAUUAAGAAGUGUCACACGACUACGGAAAUAGGACAAGAACUUUUCUCGCGGUUAUUUCGAAUGUGUCCAAAUCUACGGGAAGCUAUCACCUGGUCACAAAGUGAACAAGUUCUUCACGGACUUUUGGGCGCAGAUCGGAUUUCUGGAUGUGCGAAAUACAUCAAUCUCUCAACAUUCCUACUGGAUAAUUGGGACCAGCAGUCGCCCUCUGUGUGGGGAUUGGAACUUCCCGCGGGGGGAUUAUGGCCAGAACAUGUUCAAAAGUUAGGCCACCUUUUCCCCAAUUUAAAAGAAUUAUCGCUCGGAUAUCAGUCGGGUCAUGCGUUGCGUGAGAUUUGGACAAGUUUUCCGGGCAUGGAGUCCUGCACGUUGUGCGUCGGUCUGGACAAGACUUGUAACAUUGACACCGCAGGAUUUCUCAAGUUGGACGAAAUCUUGACCGGAUUUAGUAAAAAGGAGAUGAAAAAAGCCAAAAAAAUGUGUGGGGAUAUUGGAAAACCUCGGUUCGGAUCCAUCACUAAUUUGAAACAUUUGAGGGAACUGACCGUUCAUAGCGGUCCGUUCCGGCGAAGGGAUCAAGGAGUGAGACUUAACAACGAUUGUGUAACAGACAUCGGGCUUUCUUACGCCUUGCAAAAAUUGGAAGCACUAAAAUAUCUCGUCAUCAAGGGGCACUCGGUAUCGCAAAAAACAGUUCGAGACUUCUGUCGUGUUCGAGACUUGUAUGACGAUUCUUCUCGUGGUGUUUUGAAAUUGACGAGCCACCCGAGAUCCAGAUACGACUCGCCACACCCCAUGUGCAUGGAAGAUGAGCUGAAUUAUGUUACAACCUGAAUAUUGUCUUUUUUACUCAAAUGAAACAAUUCCCAACAAUCCUAUUUGUCCAACUUUCUUGAAUUUACACCAACUUUGUCCGUCACGUUUUUCAAAUGUAUCUAAAUUUGGUGUUGCGGAACGCCCCAAGUUAUGACAUUCAUGAUGUGAAUUGUGUGUGUGAGUUGAAACGAACUGAUAUGGAAAUUUGUGUUGAGUGAGCGCCUGAAAUCCUGCAGUUUCACCCAACUUAAUUAAAUUAAUAUUUGUUUAUUUGUGAUAAUGAUAAUUCUUGUCUGUUCAAUUCUAUCUGAUUGGUUAUUGUAAAAGUUCUUGAACAUUCGAUAUUUGUGUCUUAUUGUGAUUGGCUAAACCAAGGCUCAAUCAAGGUUAAAAUCAAGGUAAACCAGGUAGGCCUUUGAACUUAAAUUGUGGGCCGAGUGGCCAAGAUUUUGUGAAGAAUAAUUCUAUACAUUAAGAUUCGAUUUGUCCUUUCGUGUGGCAACACACAUUUUUGUCUUCUCCUAGAUUUGACUGUCAAUUUGAUAUUCGGUGACUAUUCUAAAUAAAGAUCUUUUCAUUUGUUAAACCUGCAGCGUCGACACAUUCAUUGU